CGACGCCAUGAAGCCACAACCUCUCGACGAUGAGGCCCAGCUGCAGGCACUCGGCCACAAGGGCGAAUUGAAGCGCAACUUUAGUCUCCUGUCCAUGCUGGGACUGGCCUUUGCCAUCUUGAACUCAUGGACAGCCCUCUCCACCUCGCUUGGCCUUGCUCUGCCAUCGGGCGGGUCAACUAGUGUCAUCUGGGGACUCUUCACAGCCGGUAUCUGCAACUUGGCCUUGGCUGCAUCGCUCGCCGAGUUCCUAUCCGCAUACCCCACAGCCGGUGGACAAUAUCACUGGGUUGCCGUCAUUACCCCGAAGAAAUGGGUCCCGCUCGCAUCCUUCAUCACGGGCUGGAUCAACGUGUCGGGCUGGAUUGCCUUGACCACGUCUGGAGGACUGCUUGCGUCACAGCUCAUUUCUGGGCUCGUCGCGCUCUACCAUCCGGAGUUCACUUUGCAUCCAUGGCAGGUCUGGCUCAUCUAUGUGGCAUGGACGCUUAUCGCGUUCGUCAUCAAUGCCUUUAUGAACAGCUUGCUACCCUAUGUCAAUCGCACCGCAUUCAUCUGGUCCAUUGGUGGAUUCAUCAUCAUCUGUAUCACGGUGCUCGCUUGCGCAUCCCCCAACUACACGUCCGGCGAUUUCGUCUUUACCCAAUUCAUCAACAAGACGGACUGGCCAGAUGGCAUCGCCUGGCUUCUUGGAUUGCUUCAGGGCGGCUUUGGCUUGACUGGCUACGAUGCCGUUGCCCACAUGAUUGAGGAGAUUCCCAACGCCUCGGUCGAAGGCCCCAAGAUUAUGAUCUACUGUGUCGCCAUUGGCACUUCCACCGGCUUCAUUUUCCUCAUGGUUCUGCUAUUCGUCUCCGGAGGCGAUACCGAUGCCAUCAUUUCAGCAGCACCUGGCCCGCUCCUGCAGAUCCUUGUCAACGCGACCAAGAGCCGAGCCGGGGCUACAUGUCUGUUGAUGUUUCCCCUGGUCUGCGUCUUCUUUGCAGAGACUGCCAUCAUGACUACCUCGAGUCGGAUGACUUAUGCAUUUGCGCGCGACGGCGGACUGCCCUUUUCCAAGUUCUUUGCAAAGGUGCAUCCACGACUGGGGCAGCCACUGAAUGCGCUCAUCUUGGCCGCCACCCUGACGAUUCUCUUCGGAUUGAUCUUGAUUGGUUCCAGCAGUGCCUUUAGUGCGCUCAUCUCCGCCUCGGUUGUGGCUUUGGGCGUGAGCUACGCCAUCCCUGUUGCCAUCAACCUCUGUCGCGGCAGAAGUAUGCUAGGCGAGAGGUCCUUUGUCUUGCCAAAGCCCCUUGGCUGGGCAGCAAACCUACUGGGCGUCGCAUAUACCAUUGUCACUACGGUCCUAUUCCUGUUUCCGCCCGGGUUGCCCGUAACGUCCUCAAACAUGAAUUACUGUGUCGUUGCCUUUGGUAUUAUCCUUUUCAUCAGCACCUUCCAAUGGUUCGUCGACGGCCGCAAGAACUUUACAGGACCAAGAACGGACAUGGGGCUUGAAGUGUUGGAGGCUAUGAAGAGCCAGGAGCAGGAUAUCGCCGAAUCCAACAACUCCAAGGCCGCUGGCAAUGAGGUGGAUGCGGAAAUGUUGAAAUGAUCGACCUCACCACUCGCAACUUGGAGGAACUGUACUGCCGGCGGGUCUGCCUAUUCUUGUUUGGUCGCGCCCGCCAGUCGUUUGACAAAGACCAUGUAGACUAGUCCAGCCUUUUGCUGGUGAAACCAUGUACAUUAUGUGACAUCACCUCAAUCUUACCAAUUCACUUGCCUC